CUUCUCUUAGUAUAAGUUUUCUUUAAUGAAAAUUGGAGGCAUACAACAAUCAAAAUAUGCAUACUGUGGGUUGGGUGUUUUGUGCUACUGGAUUGCCAUCUCUUCCUGCACCAGUCAAUACAAGUUUUGCUUUACAUCUUGGCUUUACAUCAACACUAAAUAUUCAUGACUAAAUAAGCAACAAUCAGAGAAAAAAACUUUAGGUAUUAUUAAUUAAGUGUUUAACAGUCAAAAACUCAGCUAAUCUGCUUCAUCAUGACUGUGUGGGUGUGGUUUGAUGAGAUUAGAUUGACAGUGACCAAACAACCCAUCAACUGUCAUCGGAUUCUUAUUCAGAUGUUGCUAAAUCUUUGAUUGGUGCACAUAAGUGUGUCAUAUCACCAUUUGUCUCAAACGACAAAUAACCCAAACUGGUCUGCCUUUGGCAGAUAAUUGUGUGUUCAUGUAGGACCCCAUUUCGCAUAGUAAGAAGUUUAGAAAAUACAUUUUCCUUUUUGGUUUCCUUGUACUUAGUUUUCUUAUCGUUAUCUUUUGGGUGUCAUUGCCUUGGGCCGCCCUCAGACCUUUAAGAGGGAGCCAGUCCAUUGCGAGUGAGUUAUUAUAUUGUUAUUUUUCUUUUCUUUCUAGUUGUUCUGUCAUUUGAGGGGACCCAUUUGAGGGGUUUAGUCCUUGCCCAAAUGUGUAAUAAGAUAUGACAGAAGUAAAUUAAAAGACACAAAGUCUCACAGUUUGCUCUUCAGUCCCUCUCUUCAGCCACACUCUCUCACCCCCAGGCCUCUGCAUUGCUCUCUGUCCCUGUCUAGCUCCAACUCCCCAGACCUGCCAUCCUCAAGCUCUCCACCAGAUGCCCUCAGACUUUCCCUCCUUCCCCCAUCGCCUGACUGCCACACCCAACUAUACACCAGUUCUCGCUUCCCUCACAUGGCCUACUCCGCCCAUUUUCUCUCUUCCACUUUCCCCCAUCAGCCCCGCAGAUACUUAAUAAGACUGUAAAAUUUUAGAUGUAUAUUUUACAUUUAAAUAUCUUGCUCAACAGCAUUUAAUGACCAGGCUAUAUUUCAACAUGUUUAAACAUUUCAACAUCACUGAAAUGCUGUCAAAACACAUUAAGACUACAUGCAGCCUAUAUUACAUAUUAUAAAACUCACCUUUAAACUACAUUUAGUCCAGUUUUAGAAUCUUAGUUGUUUCAGCUGCACUACAAUCAUCCUCACUCAGAAAUAUUCACAUUAUCUCCAACAUGAUAUGAUAACUAUGACAGGAAUGUUCCAUCAGUGCGACCAAUCACAACAUGACAAAUGAUUGUUCAUUGAUCAGUGUAUUAUGUGUCUUCAUACAGAUUUGUUUUAUUUAAGCAGUGAUAGAGUAAUGUAUGGUAAAUGUUUGGGUGCUGGGGAACUGUUGACAACCUGACAGCUGCCAUACUGUAAUGCCCACACAGUCACAGUGUUAUAAAGGACAAUGUAUAGGUUUUACUCAGAGCUGAGGAUGAAUCCACGAUGUCCAGAGAUGGCUGUUUCUGUCCUUACAUUGAUGACAGAUUGAUCAUGAAAGCGGUCAUGUUGUUGAAGUAAACCUGCCAGCGAGCAGGUUCACAGAGUCAGUUAAGUUACCUCUCUUUCAGAGUUUUCACUAAACCUGCUUUCUGAAACAGGGAUGUUUGGAUAUAGAAGUUGUUUUUUUUACUAAUUUGGGGUUGCUAUUUGUUGGUCCACAUUUGACCAGCAUGAUUCUGCAGGAAAACACGUCCAAUCGGUUUAAAUUUGUCAUUUACCUGUCUACAUGCCUACAACAUGUCCGCGACAAAGUUCAGCGAGGGUUUAGUUCGCGAAGCGUUCGCAUUACCGUCUCCCUUUUAACACAGAGGCCAUGUUUCUGCUUUAAAGUCAGUCAGUUCUGUAUCCAAACAUCUGUCUGCGCUCUGAUAGCCUGAUGUUUAACAGGAGGCUAGCCAGAGACUUGGGUUCUGUCCAAUCACAAACAAGAAGUGUUGUCCCUCCUUUUCCGUAAUCUGAAAUGUCCUUGUGUUUUGACCCUCAGGGCCACCCACUUUAAGUAUAUUUUGAUACUAAUACUUUUGUACUUUUACUUAAGUAAGAGUUUGAAUGCAGGAUUUUUACUUGUAACUGAGUAUUUUUACACUGUGGCAUUGCUACUUAAAUAAAAGACAAUACUUAUUCCACCACUGUGAGCUGAGUGAGUGGCAGCUCCCUGGACGUGGAGCUCUGCCCUCCUGCGGCCGCAGCCACACCAGCAGCUUCUUCUCUGCUGCAGCAGCUGAUGGCGACUCUCUUCUGCUGCGUUCGUCUCUCUCAGCUUCUCAUGACCUUUUCAUGUGACUUUUGUUUUUCCUCUGUUAAGGAUGCGACUUGAAGUGUAGCGAAGUACAAUAGGCCUACUUGAGUUAAAAAAAAAAAAACUAACACAGAUUUUAUAAAAGUACACAAACAUACGGCUCUGUUACAGUUGCGAGAGUAAAGUUGAAUCAAAACUACAUUGCAGCAUUUUUAUAAAAUGGGCAAUACUUGAAUGAUAUUUUAGAAACAUUUAGAGUCUGUGGUAGUUAACAGAGACCUUAUGUUAUGACUUCUUAAUCUUGGUAUCACCGAUAUUCCCACAGUAAUUUGACACUGCGACCUCACCAACCACGUGAAGCAGCCACGCCUGCAGCCGUGCGUAAAGACCGCAACAUCAACCGCGACACGAGCAGAGAGAGGCUGACUUGAUGGAGCCGAGGUGAGCUGCUGCUGGGAGCAGCUUUGAAUAAACAGUGCUUCAAUUCCAGUGCAGUGGGUGGAGUUAAGGAUGCUUUAGGCACAGGAGAAGUUUUUGCCUUCACACGCCGAAGCCAUGCGUAAUAAGUGUGACCGCCGCCGGUGAGGAGGAUGCUGGAGCAUGAGGCAGGAGCAGACAAGCGACUUGUACGUCAGAUUAACACAGGUAUGAAGAUCCAGGCAGGGGGCGAGCACAUGGGCUGCAGCAAGGUCGGAGAAAAUCAGGAGAACCAGGUCAUCUGUUUGCAAUGUCAAGACGAGGUGGUGCGGGUUUGUCCGGGCAGUCCUCGCCGCGCCAUCGCGACGCGCCUCUCCUCCGGAUCCGCAGACCGUGAGCCCAGCAGUAGCAGCUGCAAUGUCUCUUCAGGAACCUUCUACAGCUGUGUCAGUCAGAUCACCAUCGGAUUUGACCUCGGUGGUCAAGUGGCCAUCGGGUUCUCCCACUGGAAGAGUCCUUUCCCAGCGACCGGCCAGAAUCUCCCCAGCCCAGACUGCGUUCACUCUGAGGCCUCCGCUGUCCCGCCCAGCAGCGAGCAUCUCGAGCCGAUGUCCUGCCCGGCGUCGCUGUCAGUCACCCCGCUGCCCAGCUUCAGUGCCAGUCAGGAGACGCUCUGCGACAGCAGCACGAGUGUGAGUUUAUCUCUACAUGGGUCUGAGCCCCAGCGGCAGAGCCCCCACCGACACAGAGUCCCGCUGCAGCCCUCGGCCUCAGGCUACCAGGCAGCGGACAGAGCUCUUGCCUUCUCCUCCUGCGGGAAGGCCGAUAUCAUGGAGGAAUCCUCGGUUGAAGCCCCGGACUCCAGCACUCAAGACGAUGUGCCUCCCCUCGCUGUGAAGGAUGUUAAUGUGCUGCUUCAGAGAGAAAGGUCCGAGGACAUCAGCAGUCCGUCCAGAGACGACGACUCCACCCUGCUGAACCCGGGAACCCACAGCAGUAUCCUGGACGACAACACAAAGUCUGAUUCUGGCCUCCCAGAGGGCAGGAGUAAGUCCAGCGGCCUUUGCUUCAGUGAUGGAAAGAGCCGUAUUGACUACAUCCUGGUUUACAGGAAAUCCAGCUCGCAGUCAGAGAAGAGGGAGGUAUUUGAGCGGAACAUCCGUGCAGAGGGCUUACAGAUGGAAAAGGAGGCCUCAUUAACAAACAGUGACGUGAUUUUUCUGAAGCUUCAUGCACCAUGGGAUGUUCUCUGUCGCUACGCAGAGCUCAUGAACAUUCGCAUGCCUUUUAGGAGGAAAAUCUUUUACAUGCACCGACGGCACAAGUUCAUGACCAGGAUGGAGAAGCGCAUCAACAAAUUUCGUGGCUGGCUUCCCCGCAAGCCCAUGAAGUUUGACAACGACACUCUGCCCGACCUGGAGGAGAACGAGAGCUUUACCGCCCCCUUCAGUCGAUCAAGGAUACAUCAUUUCAUCAUCCACAACAAAGACACUUUUUUCAACAACGCCACCAGAAGUCGCAUCGUUCACCACAUCCUCCAGCGAGUCAAAUAUGAGGAGGGUAAAAAUAAGAUGGGACUUAAUCGUCUUUUGAGCAAUAAUUCAUAUGAGGCAGCAUUCCCUCUUCAUGAGGGGAAAUACCACAGCAAAAACUCCAUCAGAACCCACGGAGCAGAGAACCACCGGCACCUGCUGUACGAGUGUUGGGCCUGGUGGGGGGUUUGGUACAAGUACCAACCGCUUGACCUCAUCAGGAGGUAUUUUGGGGAGAAAAUCGGUUUGUACUUUGCCUGGCUCGGCUGGUACACGGGGAUGCUGUUUCCUGCAGCUCUGGUCGGCCUCUUGGUAUUCUUGUAUGGCAUCUUCACUCUGGAGCACUGCCAGGUCAGUAAAGAAAUCUGCCAGGCCACUGACAUCAUCAUGUGCCCCAUCUGUGACCAGUACUGCCCCUACCUAAGACUGUCAGACAGCUGCAUCUACGCCAAGGUCACCCAUCUCUUCGACAAUGGGGCGACUGUUUUCUUUGCUGUAUUCAUGGCUGUUUGGGCAACAGUCUUCCUGGAGUUCUGGAAAAGACGCAGAGCUGUCCUCGCAUACGACUGGGACCUCAUUGACUGGGAGGAAGAGGAGGAUGAAAUACGCCCCCAGUUUGAGGCCAAAUACUCCAAGAAGGAGAGGAUGAACCCCAUAUCUGGAAAGCCUGAGCCUUACCAGGCCUUCACUGACAAAUACAGUCGCCUCAUCGUCUCAGCAUCCGGGAUCUUCUUCAUGAUACUGGUGGUGAUUGCUGCUGUGUUUGGCAUCGUCAUUUACCGUGUGAUCACCGUAAGCACCUUCGCCGCCUUCGGCUGGGCUCUCAUCAGGAACAACUCUCAGGUGGCGACCACCGGAACGGCAGUCUGCAUCAACUUCUGCAUCAUCAUGCUCCUCAACGUGCUCUAUGAAAAAGUUGCUCUUCUUCUUACUAAUUUAGAACAGCCAAGAACAGAGUCUGAGUGGGAGAACAGCUUUACCCUCAAGAUGUUCCUUUUUCAGUUUGUCAACCUCAACAGUUCAACUUUCUACAUUGCCUUCUUUUUGGGAAGAUUUACAGGCCGGCCUGGUGCAUAUCUACGCCUCAUCAAUCGCUGGAAACUGGAAGAAUGUCACCCCAGUGGCUGUCUCAUUGACCUCUGUAUGCAGAUGGGGAUCAUCAUGGUGCUAAAACAGACCUGGAACAAUUUCAUGGAGCUCGGCUACCCGCUGGUCCAGAACUGGUGGACACGGCGGAGGCUGAGGAGAGAGCACGGACAGAAAGCCAAGGACAGCUUCCCACAGUGGGAGAGGGAUUACAACCUACAGCCAAUGAAUGCCUAUGGACUUUUUGAUGAAUACUUAGAAAUGAUUUUACAGUUUGGCUUCACCACCACCUUUGUGGCAGCUUUCCCUCUGGCCCCUCUCUUAGCGCUGCUCAACAACAUCAUUGAGAUUCGUUUAGACGCCUACAAGUUUGUCACACAGUGGCGCCGACCUCUGCCCUCACAAGCCAAAGACAUAGGGAUCUGGUAUGGCAUUCUAGAGGGCAUCGGCAUCUUGUCUGUCAUCACCAACGCCUUUGUCAUCGCUGUUACCUCAGACUUCAUCCCUCGCCUUGUUUACGCCUACAAGUAUGGCCCUUGUGCUGGUCAGGGACGAGCAGGGGAGGGGUGUAUGAUGGGUUAUGUCAACGCCAGUCUCUCAGUAUUCCGGGUGUCUGACUUUGAGAUGAGAUCACAGCCCAAGACUACUGGCUCCGAGCUGUUUGGAGAAUCUGUGAAGUAUUGCAGGUAUCGUGACUACAGGGAGCCUCCAGACUCUGCUGAGCCCUACUCAUACACUCUACAGUUCUGGCACGUCCUGGCAGCCCGGCUAGCAUUCAUCAUUGUAUUUGAGCAUAUGGUCUUUGCCAUCAAGACCCUGAUCGCAUACCUGAUCCCCGACCUUCCCAAGGACCUGCGGGACAGAAUGCGCAGAGAGAAAUACCUGAUCCAGGAGAUGAUGUAUGAGGCAGAGCUGGAGAGACUGCAGAAGCAGAAAAACGAGAAGAAGAAGAAAGACAGGGUCCACCACAAGGAAUGGCCCUGAAUGCGCCAACUGGUUAUCAGCUGGUGUUUGGUUUUCACUGCACAGUGGAGGAAGGAGAGGAGUGCUGGGUUUCCUGCAUGGUACUGGACCCUCAUACCUUCCUCCUGCCAUGUCAGACCAGCACCUCCUAGUGGACAAUUGAUGAACUGCACCCAGCAGGGCCACAGUGAACACAGAGCCCAUGUGUCUACAUACAUAAUGGAUGUCUUCUUGAACAUUUUGCAGCAGGUUUUGCUACCUUUUUUUUUUUUUCCAGAUAAUUUCUACCACUUUGGACUCACAACAGCGUAUGUCUUCAGAUCCUGAAUGUAGAUUUCAAGCAAGACUAAACUUUUACAUAUUUCUUGUAUUAGAUGAGAGAAAUAACUCUCCCGAGCUUACUGAAUGACAAACCCUGUUUACAUUUCUCCUCGUUUGAGGAGUUCACAGUUUGCUUUAUUGUAAAUAAAGAUAUUUAAAUGAAUGCCAGGCCAUCUGCUCUGCUUAAGUUGUAGUGCAAUAAAAACUAGAGAAUGCUAUUUCUUCAGAAAUUGCAGUGGGAUUGCUGGCUGCUGAAGCUGAGCUGCAUUGCUUCAUGUAUAGCUGGGCGCUAAACUGCACUGCUUGAAUAGCUGGAAGCUGGACUGCAUUGCUUCACGCACAGCUGGGAGCUGAACAGCAUUGCUUGAUGGAUGGCUGGGAGCUAAACUGCAUUCCUGGCUUAACUUUAUAUGAGGGAGUAUAAAGAGUUGGAAUAGUAGGAAAGGGAUAAAGGGGGCAAAAUACAGUGUAAGCAAUGAAACGUGUUGAAAUGAGAGUUCUAGUGUAAGGACUUAAAUGAGCUUAAGAGUAUGAGGAGUCAUUCGAGUGUCUCAGUAGGAAUAAGGGUAAACUACCAGCUGAGGUCUAAGCCCUAUAAGCACCUGCCUUUGUUUAUCUAUGUCCAUAUGUCUGUGUGUUAUUGUUAUCACCAAUUUCAUUUAAACAUGUACGCAUGCAUGUGUUUCUCCCAUAGUGUAUAUAUGUGUGAAUUUGUCAAAUUAGUUCCCUUUUGAAGGAACAUGACUUGCUUUGUGUGUCUGUGCAUGCGUGUGUGUGUGUGUGUGUGUGUGUGUGUGUGUGUGUGUGUGUGUGUGUGUGUGUGUCACGUCAGUUAAGAAUCCACCAACUGCAGUUAACUGCUGAGGGACUCCUACGUCAGAUUGAUCGCUUACUAGAGAUGCAGGAAGCAAUGAAAGGCGUUAAAAUAGCAGAGACAGUUAAAAAUGUUCAAAUGUUUGUAUAUAACACCUGUGUUUAUCUGUAAUAAAGCUACUGUGACACCACAGUCUCAUCAGAGAAGCAGUAUAAUCAGCCACCUGCAAUUAAAGGCUGACAUGGUGAUGGUAACCGCUGAGUGACUCCUGGGUCAGUUCAUUUAAUAGAGAUUAAGCUGAGAGGCACCACUCAAACUCUGGUUUGUUACCCUAAGUAAUUCCCGAUUUUUACAUCAUGAGCGAGAGUGGACUCUGCUGAACGCUUUGCUGUAAAAUAUCUGUUCAUGGUGUCAAAAAUCUGGGAAAUACUGCGAGUUUAAAAAGUCCCCUUUUCUGUUUUGCUCCUGAAAUGUUUGGGCUCAGUUAACAUCGGGGCAGUUCCAUGGCACUCCGGUCACUUUGAGGCUCAUUGCGGAAAAUGUGAACGUCAGCUUGCUCAGAUAGUUACAUUGUUUGAAAGAGGACAAUUUUUUCAGCGUUUUUGGUGAAAGAAUAAUGUAUGAAGAGUGGGAAUUGUGGGAGUAAGAGGAAGAUGAAGAUACAUGUUUAAGAAGAGUUUAACAGCUUAACCCCACUCUGCGUCAUGUCACCUACUCUGACUCUGAACAUUCUGCCGAUUCAUUUGAAUGGGGGGGAAAGUAUGAAAGAUAAAAACACUUAAAGUUAUUCGAAAAAUGUCCUCAAUGAGCUGAACAUUUUGAAGUUGAAUGGUGUGAACGAGGAAGAAUAAGGAUGAUAAAGAGAAACCUAUAGAUGGGAUUGCUUUCACUUGUUGCUAAGUAAAAGUUACUUAGAGAUCUGUUCUAUCCAAGCUGUGGCAGUGUCCACAGUUGGCCUAAAUUUUAAAUGCUUUCCAGUUGAAUUCAGAUUUAAAACUGCAGUAAUAAACAUUAUUUAUUUUACAGUA